GUUUAUCUGAUCUGAUUAAAACUUGUUAUAUUAAUGCCCGUGCGGUCACAUAGUUAGGGAGGGAAACCGCUCAUUUUCUUACACAACGUGACUGUUUAACAAACAACUGCGAAAAGAAAAGAAAUGAGAAAACUAGUCCCUGUGAUACUAGCAACAUGUUUCAUAUUUCAAACGAGUAUUGUGUCUACGAAGCAACUGAAAGUAAAGAAAACAUGGAAACCGAAUUCAGGCAUUAUUAGACAAGACCAUAGACAAUCCAACCGAACACACAGUACGAAAUGGAGCGAUGUUAACAAGUAUGUACGGCUCUCUCCGAAUGAAAUAUGUGAUAUCAUUUGCGACCCAGUAGAAUGCAUCGAGUACAGCUGUCCUGAUGGCGUAUGUUGUACACCUGGUUCACCGGAAAGCUUAUGCUGCCCUCUCGAUCAUCCAUUGUGUGUCUAUGUCGGUUGCUGUGCGGCGGGUCACCCGGAGGUAUGUGGCCAGUAUUGCUGCGAGGUAGGUCAGACCUGCUGUCCACUCGGCUGUUGCGAAAGUUCUGGCAUUUGUUGCGGAAGCGGAUGUUGCGAACUUACAGAGGUUUGUUGUUUGGAUCACUGCUGCGACGCCGGGGACACGUGUUGCGGAAGCGGAUGUUGCGAAAGUAACGAAACAUGCUGUGGAGGAAAUAGUUGUUGUAAACAAAAUGAAACUUGUUGCGGCAACGAGUGUUGUACAGAGGGCGAGAAAUGCUGUAUGAAAGAUGGUCAGCAAUCGUGUUGCAGUGGAAAAGAAUCCAACGCUUGUUCGAGCGCACAGUAUUCUGACCCAUGUCCUUACCAGUUUGACGUGCAUCAGUGUCAGCAAAUGAGCUAUACAAAUCAGCCUCUAGCGAAAUAUACGGAGAAAGAUUGCCCGGAUAUUUUGAAGACAGGAGUUCUCUAUCGCCCAUUAAGAGCAGAUGAAUCAUGUUAUGAAGGGCUGAAGGCAAGAUCACCGCAUGCAUCAGAAUCUGUGCUCUCGUUUGUCAACUGCGGCUCUAAGAACGGGUAUAUGUCACAGUUCAUUUCUUCUACAUCUUCGCUGGAAGUAGCAAAGUCAUAUCAAAAUGGAACUAUUGAUGUUAAAAUCGCACAAAUUGACGUCAAUAAAGACCUACUUGCUGCCUGCCAUAUUGUCGACCUGACGGACGUGGGUCAACGUAAGAAACAUCUAGGAGAUGCUAAAAGCAACCAGUUUGCUGCUGAGGUAUGCGAGUAUCUUCUAACGUGCAACGCUAGAGUACCAUGUAAGGAAGUGACCGGUAAAUGAAGAGGCAAUUUCCUAUCAUCGUCUACUAGUAUUCUCUUUAUUGAUAUGGAAUUAUUGGCUAUAUUUAGUAAUUUAUCUGAAAUCUUUAAGUAUAUUCCGUACGGGGUAUGGUAAUCGGAUAAUACAUUGAACAACCCGACAUUUCAUCUGCCCAUAUGCGAUGAAAAUCCAGUUGCUUAAUCUGAAUAUGUGUUAUGUGUAUCAGUUUGAUAUAUAAUUAUUAUAAUUUUUAAUAAAAAAUAUUCCAAUUUGGUAUCACAAUGACUUAAAAUGACAUUUCUUACUUUGUUAAUUCUUUUGAAUGUAUAAUAAACCUUAUAUGAUUAA